GUUAUUUUCAAUAUCGUCGUAAAGAACUCAAAAGUCUUCAGCGGACAGAAAGAAAAGAUGAAUACUUGCUUCCACUUAACUUCUCUUUUGCUUUUUGUCGCCGCAUUUCUCUCUGAUCACCAGGUGAAUUGUAAGUGUGGCUCUCUUGGCAUCGCCGACACACCUUGGGCAGCUUGUCUUGUUGCAGAAAAUGAAGAGUGCCCCAACAAUUUUAUCAAACUUGAAGAUGACACUACUUGCAGCCCAAGUAGCCGGAGGACCCCCGCAUGGAAGCCACGGGUGUGUUGCCUCCUGACACCAAAUAUGGAAUUUAAGAUUAAGGAUUCACCAUGUCUAGCGGGAAGUCCAGCAAGCAAUGACGAGGCAAAGAAGACUCGUAAACACCACUGAUUUCGUCAAAAAAGUACCCUUACUUCAAUUUGU